AUGCCAGAGCCAACCAAAAAAGCAGUCUCUGCAUUCUCCAAGAAACCAAAAAGUCAGAGUGCUGAGGUUGGUGCCACUGUGCUGUUUGAGGCAGUGACUGAGAAAGCAGAUGCCAAGGUGAGAUGGCAGCGCGACUCCAAGGACAUUGCUGCAAGUGACAAGUACAUAAUCACGGCAGAUGGAAAUAAACAUUCGCUCACUAUAUGCGGCGUGGCUCAAGAGGAUGCCACGGGCUAUGCUGUGAUCGCAGGGGGCUCUAAAGUCAAAUUUGAGCUAAAAAUCAAGGAAGAGGAAGGGAAAAAGAGUCCUAAAGCAGCAGCCCCAGAUCCCGCGCCUGCGGAUGCUGCUCCCCCGGCGGCUGAGGCCCCCCCAGCUGAUGCUUCACCUGCACCGGAAGCUCCAGCAGACGUACCCGCCCCUGGUCAAGCCCCAUCAGGUGAUGCUCCAGCACCAGAGAGUAACGGCCAUGCUCCUGAUGCUGCGCCAACUGAAGCAGAGAACCAACAACCAGACACGAGACAGGACCUAACAGGUCUGUUCACUGAGAAACCUCGGAGUGGAGAUGUGACUGUGGGUGGAAAUAUCAGCUUUGUGGCUAAGGUGUGUGCUGAAUCCCUUCUGAAGAAACCAACUGUUAAAUGGUUCAAAGGAAAAUGGAUGGAUCUGGCUAGCAAGUCUGGGAAGCACUUGCAGCUCAAGGAACAAUAUGAUCGCAAUACAAAGGUGUACACCUUUGAGAUGCACAUCAUUGGCGCCAAGGCUAACUUUGCUGGAGGUUAUCGGUGUGAGGUGUCUUCCCGAGACAAGUUUGACAGCUGUAAUUUCGACCUGGUGGUACAUGAGGCUGCGGCGGCAGGGGAGUUUGAUAUUCGAGCUGCUUUCAGAAGAACGAGCACUGGUGGUGGCAGUAAGAAGAAGAUGACAGGACAUGACAGUAGCACAGAUGGAGCGGAUGACUCAGGAGAGCUGGACUUCAGUGCCUUAUUGAAAAAGAGAACAGUCCAGGUGAGCAAUGAGCCCGACGUGGAUGUUUGGGAAAUCCUACAGAAGGCUCCACCCUCAGAAUAUGAGAAAAUUGCCUUCCAGUAUGGUAUUACAGACCUUAGGGGGAUGUUGAAGAGACUGAAGAAAAUGAAAAAAGAUGAGAAGAAAAGUGCAGCCUUCCUUAAAAAGCUGGAUCCGGCAUACCAGGUGGAGAAAGGGCACAAAAUCAAGCUGUGCAUGGAGGUUGCCAAUCCUGACGCAGAGGUGAAAUGGCUCAAGAACGGCCAGGAGAUUCAACCCUCGGGCAGCAAGUACAUCUUUGAGAGUGUGGGAAACAAACGCUACCUGACCAUUAACAACUGUUCUCUGGCUGAUGAUGCUGCUUACACCUGUGUGGUGGGUGAAGAAAAGAGCUUCACAGAACUGUUUGUGAAAGAGCCCCCUGUUUUAAUUGUGCGUAAUCUGGAAGAUCAGAUGGUGAUGAAGGGAGAGAGGGUGGAGUUUGAAUGUGAGGUGUCUGAAGAGGGAGCCCAGGUCAAAUGGGAGAAAGAUGGAGUGGAGUUGACCCGAGAUGAGUCAUUCAAGUACCGCUUCAAAAAGGAUGGUUGCAAACAUGUCCUGAUCAUUAAUGAGGUCACUAAAGAAGACUGUGGUCACUACAAAGUGAAAACCAAUGGUGGAGAGUCCAUGGCAGAGCUCAUGGUCCAGGAGAAGGAACUGGAGGUGUACCAGAGCAUCGCUGACCUGACGGUGAAGGCAAAAGACCAGGCUGUGUUUAAGUGUGAGGUCUCUGAUGAGAAUGUCAAAGGUAUCUGGUACAAAAAUGGGGUGGAGGUGAAGCCUGAUGAGAGAACCCACAUCACACACAUCGGCAGGAUCCAUAAGCUGACUAUUGAUGAUGUGAAGCCGGAGGAUGAGGGAGACUACACCUUUGUGCCAGAGGGCUAUGCCUUCAAUCUCUCUGCCAAACUCAACUUUCUGGAGGUCAAGAUUGACUUUGUCCCACGGCAAGAUCCUCCUAAGAUCCACUUGGAUUGCAUGGGCCGAACUUCGGACUCUACAAUCGUUGUUGUGGCUGGAAACAAACUGCGUUUGGACGUUCCUAUCACUGGAGACCCUGCCCCCACUGUGGUUUGGACCAAAGGAGAUAAGGCUAGGUCUAAACAGGCGGAUGAGGAGGCAGCAGAGAAGCCAGCCUUUGAGUGGAGUUUGAAGGACGGUGAAGUGCUAACGGAUGCUGAUGGACGAGUUCAUGUGGAGAGCACCAAAGGUCACUGCAUCUUCACAAUAGAGGGGGCAGAGCGUCAGGAUGAGGGUGUCUACUCCGUCAUUGUGCGGAACCCAGCUGGAGAGGAUACAGCUGACCUCACAGUGAAAGUUGUUGAUGUGCCAGAUCCUCCACAAGCACCCAGAAUCCUCAGUGUCAGUGAAGAUUCCUGUGUCGUCCAGUGGGAUCCCCCACUCUUUGAUGGAGGCCAGCCAAUCAUUGGUUAUGUACUCGAGAGGAAGAAGAAGAAGAGCUACAGGUGGAUGCGGCUGAACUUUGACCCUUACAAAGACACAACAUAUGAGGCUAAGAGAAUGAUUGAGGGUGUGGCUUAUGAAAUGCGGGUCUAUGCAGUAAAUGCCAUUGGAAUGUCACGCCACAGUCCUGCCUCCCAGCCUUUUGUGCCCAUAGCUCCUACCAGUGAGCCCCUUGGCCUGUGUGUGGAUGACAUCAGUGACACCACUAUUUCCCUGAAGUGGAAGCCUCCAGAGAGAAUUGGCUCAUCUGACCUUGAGGGCUAUGGAAUUGAGUACUGCAAGGAGGGCUCUGAUGAGUGGGUCCCAGCUUUCAAGGGCCUCACAGAAAGGACCUCCGUGAUCAUUCGUGACCUGCCUACUGGGGAGAAGAUGCAGUUCCGUGUGCGAGCAUACAACACGGCAGGUCCCAGUGCCCCUGCCUCCUUGGCCCAGCCUGUCACCAUCAGGGAGAUCAUGCAACGUCCUAAAAUCUGGGUCCCACGAAACCUCCGCCAGACUCUGAUCAAGAAGGUGGGAGAGACCAUCAACCUGGUGAUCCCCUUCCAGGGGAAACCACGUCCUCAGGUGACAUGGACCAAAGAUGAAGAACCCAUAGAUCCGAAACGUGUCAACGUGAGAAACAGCGACACAGACUCUAUUCUCUUCAUCAGAACAACGGAACGCAAGGAUUCUGGCAAAUACACCUUGCGGCUCCAGAUUGAGAAUGUAGAGGACACAGCCAAUGUGAGCAUCCAGAUUGUGGAUCUGCCAGGUUCUCCCCAGAAUCUGAAGGUGAUGGAUAUUUGGGGCUUUAAUGUUGCUCUGGAAUGGAAACCACCCAAAGACAACGGCAACUGUGACAUCACUGGCUACACCAUCCAAAAGGCUGACAAGAAGACCAUGGAAUGGUUCACAGUGUAUGAGCAGUAUCGUCGCACUAACUGUGUGGUAUCUGACCUCAUCAUGGGAAAUGAAUACAUAUUCAGGGUGUAUGCCAUGAAUAUGGUCGGCCUAAGCCCAGAGCCUUGUUUCUCCAAAGACAGCGCAUAUAUACAAAAAACAGGUAUCGUGUAUAAGCCUCCCUCCUACAAAGAGCACGAUUUCUCGGAGCCCCCCAAGUUCACACACCCGCUCGUGAACCGUUCGGUCGUCGCUGGAUACAACGCCACCCUUAGCUGCUCUGUCAGAGGCAUCCCCAAGCCCAAAGUGACUUGGUACAAGAAUAAGAUGGACAUUUCUAAUGAGCCCAAGUAUCGGAUGUUCAGUAAGCAGGGUGUACUGACGCUGGAGAUCCGUAAGCCUUGCCCGUUUGACGGUGGGGUGUACAUGUGCAAGGCUGUGAAUGACAGCGGAGAAGACACGGUGGAAUGCAAACUGGAAGUUCGCCCUCAAAUCGCCAAAGAGGAAACUAAGAAGUGA